AUGGAGAAAGGGAAAGGGAAAGAGCAUGCAUCUCCUAUAACGCCUCUUGCCACUAAUCCAUUAAUUAAUCCAUCAACUCAGGUGAUACCAAGACCAUUUUAUACAUAUUUGUCAACACCUCCUACCACAAAUGCAUCUAUCAAUCCAACAACCCAGGUGAUACCAAUAUCAUUUUAUCCAGAUUUCUCAAGUUAUAUGCAUGGGGGCCAUGCACCAAUGCCACAUGCUCUGUUACCACCUUUCUUACCUUGUCCUAAUGCCAACCCAUCGUCAUGGACUUGUCAGGAAAAUCUUAUGCCAAAAUUUCAGUCAUCAGCUCCCCCCUCUUUGAUUGGUAUUCCAUCUGGAAGCUCCAGCUGUGUUGAAGAAAUUCAAGAGCCCACACCUAACUCGAGGGAGGUUGAAAUCUUCUCUACAUCCUCUGAAUCCGAAGAUAACAAUGAGGCGGAGAUAGAAAAUACAGUGCAUAAUGAGGGGGCCGAUAUCAUUGAGGAGCCGAAGGUGGGGAUGGUCUUCAAAUCUCAAGACGAGUUAGUGGCAUAUUAUAAAGGUUAUGGGAAACAAUGCGGUUUUGGGAUAAUGACUCAAAGGAGUCAUAGGUUUGAGGAUGGGAGCCUCAGAUAUAUCACGCUUUGUUGUUCUCGUGGUGGGAAGGCACGGAACCGUACGACAAAUGUUGCGAGGCCACGUCCGACGUCAAAGACUGACUGUAAGGUAAAGAUAAAUGCUACGUUCAUGGAUGGAGUGUUCAAGUUGUUGAGUGUUAACAAUUCCCACAAUCACGGCCUAAGUCCACAGAAGUCGAGAUUCUUUCGCUGUAAUAGAGAAGUGAGCGAGUCUGUUAAGACAGUAUUAGAUACAAAUGAUCAAGCUGGCAUUAGACUAAACAAGAGUUUUGCAGCACUUGUGCAAGAAGCGGGUGAGUUUGAGAACUUGCCUUUCAGUGAGAAAGAUUGCAGAAAUUAUAUUGAUAAGGCACGCCACUUUCGACUUGGGAAAGGUGGCGCUGAAGCCCUUCGUCAGUAUUUUGCUAGGAUACAGUACAAAAAUGAUGGAUUCUUUUCAGACAUCGACCACGAUGAUGAUGGAAGGUUGAAGAAUGUCUUCUGGGCAGAUGCACGGAGCAGGGCAGCCUAUAAAUAUUUUGGUGAUGUUGUGACAUUUGACACCACAUACCUGACAAAUAGGUAUGGAAUGCCGUUUACACCGUUUGUUGGUGUAAACCACCAUGGUCAAUCAAUCCUUCUGGGGGCAGGAUUGAUUUCUAACGAGGAUACGGAAACAUUUGCAUGGCUGUUUCAGACUUGGCUAAACUGUAUGGAUGGGGAAGCUCCAAAGGCCAUUAUCACAGAUCAAGAUAGAGCUAUGAAGAAUGCAAUUGCUCUCGUCUUUCCCAAUACACGACACAGAUAUUGUUUGUGGCAUAUUCUAAAAAAAGUACCUGAGAAACUUGGUUCCCAUCAUGCAUACAAAACUGGGUUGAAAACUAGUUUAAUGAAGUGUGUGUAUGACUCUCAAACCAUAGGGGAGUUUGAAAAUUGUUGGAAUGUGUUAAUUACCACGUACAAUUUGCAAGAAAAUGCUUGGUUGCAUAGUUUAUAUGAUGAGCGUUCGUUUUGGGUACCAGUAUUCUUGAAAGAAAUAUUUUGGGCUAGGAUAAGUACAACACAACGAAGCGAGAGCAUGAAUGCUUUCUUUGAUGGCUACGUACAUUCGAGGACAAACUUAAAAGAGUUUGUCGAUCAAUUUGAUAAUGCAUUGCGAAAGAAGAUUGAAAAUGAAAAUGGGGCGGACUUCCAUUCAUUCCACGUCACAAUUCCCGUCGUCUCAAUCUCCACUUGA